AAGAUAACACAACAGCUUGGAAAUCAAAAGGUAGGAAAGUCUGUGAUAGUCAAACAUGUAGACAACAUGAUGGAGAAAAUGAGAGCCUGAGAGGAUAGAUGAUCGUAGAAGAAUCUCACCUGGUUACUGCAAGACGGACGGACGCCCACUGUGGACGGUAAAGAAAAAAACGCAAGACUGCCAGCUUAUAUCAGUCUGGCAUCAAACUUUACAGCUUUUUGGGAUCAAAAAGACUUAAUGACUUCUUACUGCACGCUGAUCCGUCAUGAGGAUCUUCAAUAAGAACGUUCGUCUUCAGGACUUCACCAUCAUGUACUUCACUGUCCUUGUUACUCUAAUGGUCAUCUUGGUGGCUUCCUACCACUCACCCAACACUGGUACCAACAUGAUCGAGACAACCUUCAAUACCUCAAGCCUUCGUCAGAUUCUUCCCAUGCCCUUCAGGGUUCCACUAGACCCUCAUGGGGAGCUGCAGCUUGCCUGGAACAUCAGCUAUGCCCAGCAGGAGGUUUACCUGGAGCUGAAGGUGAAACAGCUGAAGCAUGGCGUGAUUCUGGGGAUGUCCGAUCAGGGGGAGCUCACCAAUGCCGACCUGGUGGUGCUGUGGAACUCUGGAACGAAGAGCUAUUUUGGGGAUGCCUGGAGUGACAGCGAGGGCCGCGUCUCACUGGACAGCCAACAAGACUACGAGCUGAUCGAAGCCAGACAGACGCUUUCAGGAUUCUACCUGCUCUUCAAAAGACCCUUCAGUACAUGUGAUCCCAGAGAUUACCUCAUAGAGGACGGCACCGUGCACAUCAUCUAUGGAGUCCUGGCUCAGCCAAUUGCCUCGCUGGAGCAGCUGAACCUGUCCCGCAUCCACACGGGGGUACAGAGAGUGCUGAUGCUGCGUCCUGACAUGCUGCCACCCACCCUGCCCCCAGACGCGCAAACACUGGAUGUGGUUGUGCCAAACAUCAUCAUACCAUCUCAGGAGACCACGUAUUGGUGCUUCAUUCACAAGCUGCCUGAGAAUAUGCCCAAAAACCACAUUGUUAUGUAUGAGUCGGUGAUAACCGGUGGUAAUGAGGCCAUUGUGCAUCACAUCGAAGUCUUUGAGUGUAAUCCAGAACUGAGCAGCAUCGCAGACUACAGCGGCUCCUGUGAUGAUAAGAUGAAGCCGAGCAAACUCAACUUCUGCCGCCACGUGCUUGCAGCCUGGGCUAUGGGUGCUGAGCCUUUUUACUACCCUCCUGAUGCAGGCCUGUCUAUGGGGGGACCAGGUUCUUCAAGGUUCCUUCGUCUGGAGGUCCAUUACCACAACCCUCUCCUUAUAUCUGGCCGGCAGGACUCGUCAGGAAUACGUUUACAUUUCACACCCACCCUGAGGAGAUAUGAUGCAGGGAUCAUGGAGCUGGGCCUGGUUUACACCCCCAUCAUGGCCAUCCCACCUGGACAGCACAGCUUCCAGCUGACCGGGUACUGCACCUCCAAGUGCACACACACUGCUUUGCCCCCAGGGGGGAUUCAUAUCUUCGCGUCCCAGCUGCACACCCACCUGGCAGGUCGUGUGGUGAGGACAGUUUUGGUUCGGGGAGGCAAAGAGCUGGAGGUGGUGGAGGAGGAUCCGCACUUCAGUGCGCACUACCAGCCAAUUCGAGUUCUCAGGAAAAUGGUCACUGUUUUCCCUGGUGACAUCCUGAUAACAAAGUGCACGUUUAACACAGAAGAUCGGCGCAACCCUACAGUGGGAGGUUUUGGCAUCAUGGAGGAGAUGUGCGUCAACUACAUUCACUACUAUCCUCGCACUCAGCUGGAGCUGUGUAAGAGCCACGUGGACCCAGGAUACCUGCAGAAAUACUUUAAACUAAUUAAGAGGUUUCACGGAGAUGAGCGGUGUGCAUGCUCAGAGGUUAGUGUCACGGAGCAGUAUUCCCAGGUGCAGUGGGACUCCUUCAGCACAGGAGUGCUGGAUACCCUUUACAACACAGCACCCAUCUCCAUGCACUGCAACCAGUCCUCUGCACGUUUGUUCCCUGGAGAGUGGGACAAGCAACCUCUUCCUCUGGUUACGUCUGUCCUCCAAAAGUCUCACUACCCCUGUGAGGGAGGAACUCCUCAGCCGGCCAGCAUCAAAGAUCAGACCUCAAGCCUGAUCCAGAAGGGUUGUGACCCCAAGCACCUUUAAGCCAUUGUGGUAUCAUUUGUGUGUUUGUUGUCUUUUAAUAUACCGCCCGACUGCAACAGUAUAAAAGCCUGCUAUCUGUGCUCUAAACAAUCAGAAUACAGCCAUGUACUUCUCUGAUUUGGUACAUUUCUGUGCAGAACUGGUCUGUGUCACUAAUAACCACACCUGCUCCUAAUUUACAUCACCCAUCCAGUAGAUGAC